AUGGAUGUCCGUAGGAGAAACGCCGUUGUAAACUGUCCGACUGGUACGACGAUGUUGAACAUUGUAGAAAACGAACACCAACAAACAAACGGCGGCGUGGUGACCAACGGCGGUACAGUGACCGCGACCACGUUAACUGGUCUGAACGGUAGCACGGCCAUGAUAGCCAGGGAGUGCGCCAACUGCGGCAAACGCAUAACCGAACGGUUCCUGCUCAAGGCUUUGGACCUGUUCUGGCACGAGGACUGUCUCAAAUGCGGCUGCUGCGACUGUCGGCUGGGUGAAGUCGGAUCCACGUUGUACACCAAAGCCAACCUGAUACUCUGCAAAAGGGACUACCUCAGGUUAUUCGGAGCGACCGGCAAUUGCGCGGCGUGCAACAAGGUAAUACCGGCGUUCGAGAUGGUGAUGAGGGCCAAAAACAACGUCUACCACUUAGAGUGUUUCGCGUGUCAACAGUGUAAUCAUAGGUUUUGCGUGGGCGAUCGUUUCUACCUGUGCGAGAACAAGAUCCUGUGCGAAUACGACUACGAGGAACGGCUGGUGUUCGCCAACAUGGCCACGUACAACUCGUCCAGUCUGGCGCACAUAAGAAGGCAAGUCAGUAGAUUACAGCAGCCAGCGGCAAACGAACACGCCCACGCAGCAGCAGCAACAGCAGGAGACGUUGUAGGACCGACCGACGAGGUGGACCGGUGCAGAGCCACCUCGGUCGAGCAACAGCAACAGCAGCAGCAACGGCGACCACUACCACCGUACGACACCGCCGCCAUCGGUUACAGCGGCGCAACAGCAUCACCAGCAUCGGGUCAACAGCAACAACAUCUACAACAACAACAGCAACAGCAACAACAACAGCAGCAGCAGCAGCAGCAUCAACAUCACGUGCAACAACACCAACACAUGCAACAGCACCACCAGUUCCUGUCUACAGCAGCCGGUGCUACGGUGCUCUCUGCACAUCAAUCGACGGUCGUCGUGGGAGGUGGCGGAGGAGGUGGAGGUGGCGGAGGCGGAGGUGGAGGUGGACGAGUCGACGACGGGUCGAGCGGCUACGGCAGUCCGGACUCCGAGACCGGCAUCGAACCGUCCACGGCCGCAGCCGCCGCCGCCGCAGCUGCCGCUAACAUCGGUGGUGCGAUCAUCGCGUCCUCGGCCACCGCGGCACCGCCGGUACAAUAA